AUGUCUCCGUCAGUCUCAUCAAACGCAGCAGGUCCCUCAGGCCACGCAACCAUCCCCGCUCUCCACUUGCGAGAUGCACGAGAUGCCCACGUCAUCUUCGAGGCAGUCAGGCUCAACAUCCUGCCUCUCAUUACGAGACGGCUCACAGCGACCGAGCGCGACCAGUUGUCCUCUGGUAACGUGUUCGUUUGGGAAGAGGCAGAGCACAAGCAGGGUGCGUUACCUCGACCUCCAUCCCUCAACGGUUCGUCAACGGGUUGUCCUCUAGGUGGGCUGGAGAGGUGGACAGAUGGGAGGAGAUGGUCACAGAGCAGGAUGCGCGGAGAUUACCUCUUUUAUGAGGAGAAGAUAGAGACAACACCCGAGGAGAAGGCUGCCAAGGCAGCACGUCGGGCACGCAGGACGCUAGACCCGUUUAGCUAUCAGCCAGCACCUACGCGACAGGAUCGCCCAUCCAAGCCUGAUGGCUUGACGAAACAGACGUACUCGACGCACGUCUACACGCACCCUAGCGAGCCGAGGAAAUGGCAUAUUGUAGCAUACUUUUGUGGCGAUGACUACCAACGUCUUCCCGUCGUGGAACAUUACGACUAUCUGAGGAAGAUCCGGAUUCCAGAGGGCGUAUUUUCGUCUCCGCGUGGCAACCCGGCCAAGAUCACUCGUAUGCUGACAGUCCCCGACGAACGUUCUCGUCACGACGGCGAUUGGUCCAAGAGCUCCUGGUCGCCUCAGUCGCCCUCGAGCAACGGUGCGCUCUCGCCCAUCGAGAGACCGGAGUCUUCAUCGUCCUCGUCAUCCUCAUCCACGACCCUGAGCACGUCAAGCGAUACCACUGUCUUCCGCCACGGAGACACCGACGUCGGCCAUUUGCUGCCGCGUCUCUCGAAUAUAGUCCCAAUACAUCCCCUCAGCCCCUCCAUCUCUCAUACCCACUCUCAGUCAUCGCAGUCCUCUGGUUAUGCUGCACUCACGACCGAAGACCGUCGUGCUUUGAGCAGUUUCCGUGUUGUCCUAUAAUUAUACUCGAGUUAUUUGUCGUUCGGACCCUUCAGUACUUCCUCGUAGACUCGGCGUUCUCUUCGGUCGGAUGUAACUCUCGGGCCCCCCUGUUGUACUGGUAAUGGAAAUGGCUUGCACAUCGGAACGCUGUCUUGAGUCUGAACGCAAUAGGUUCUGAGGGAGGACUGUAGUCCGGUUCUGGAAGCAGCGAUGACGACGACUCGGGACCGGCGGGACGGAUCGAUCUGGUAUACCCCGGGUCUGCAUCGCAUUUGCUCAGCCAUCAGUUCCUCCGCCAGGCUGUCGGUUGACUUUAAUUGACCGUGUCCGCUAGUAUGGGCUGGCAGUUGCAAAGAGUCACCGGCGCGAUGGCG